CGAGUCCACAAGUUUCGGGCUGAAUUGAUAUCUCUACGGGUUGGGCCGGAAAUGUGUAUAUAACCAUUAACCGUCGGGGUAGUUGAUGGUUAGGCCCGUGUGAAAGUAUAACUCUGUUACACCAUUUUCAAUCACUCACAAACAACUAAACUCGCACAAUGCUACGAUUCCUCACCAUAACCCGAUCGGGCCUUCGGAGCCGCCGGUGGAUGUCCGUCAUGAGCUUCGGCGAUAACUCCCAGGGUGCACUCGGUCUCCACGACUUUCCCCUUGGGCUGGCCUCCGACGCCUACGACCCCACUCCUAUACCGGGCCUGCCGCCCGACGUUUGCGCCGUCGCCGCCGGUCACUACCACUCUCUCGCCCUCACUUCUGAGGGCCACGUUUGGGCCUGGGGACGGAAUACCGAAUCACAGCUCGGCCGCGGCCCGUUUUCUCCUAGAGAGACUUGGAAUAAACCGCAAAAAGUGGAAGGGCUGGAUAAGGUGAUGGUUCGAUCUGCAUUUGCAUCUGGUGUUGUAUCUGCUGCUAUUGGAGAUGAUGGUGCCUUGUGGGUGUGGGGGAAGUCGAAGCGUGGGCAGCUAGGUCUUGGAAAAGAUAUCACCGAGGCUGUCUUACCGGCUAGGGUUGAAUCACUUCUUGGACAAGAGAUAGUUAAGGUUUCACUUGGUUGGGGACAUGUUCUUGCUCUGACUAAGCACGGGAAAUUGUUUGGCUGGGGUUAUUAUGCAGAUGGUAGAUUAGGGAGGAUGGGCAGAUCUUUGGAAGCCUCACCAUUGGAUUCCAUUGCUGAAAAAGUGAAAUCGUCAAGUGAAAAUCAGAAUAUGAUGAUUGAAGCAGCUGAGAAACUGGUUUCAGAAGCAAUGGAGAAGGAAAAGGACAUGCCUAUAAUCUGGGAGCCUACUUUGAUCGAAGAAGUCGGUGAUGCUGAAGUUGCGGAUGUUGCUUGUGGGCUUGAUCAUUCCUUAAUAUUAUGCAGGGAUGGUACUCUUCUAAGUGGAGGGAGCAACGUGUACGGUCAACUAGGUCGAGUGACAGAAGGUUUAGGAUUGCAUGUUGUCGACCUUGGCCUGCGGCCAAUCAGUGUAGCAUCAGGGCUGGGGCAUUCUUUAGCUAUCUGCAGCGCAGAAGAUGGACCAACUCUUGUUACAUGGGGAUGGAACCAGAGUUCUCAACUUGGGCGAGACGGUCCAGAGAAUACGCCCCUCGUUGUUGGCAGUUUGGCUGGUGAAGUGCCGGUUUCUGUUUCCGGAGGGCGGGUGCAUUCUAUUGCAGUUACAGAGAAGAGGGAGGUUUGGUCUUGGGGCUGUGGUAGAAAUGGCCGGCUUGGAGUGGGUAGCUCUGCUGAUGAAGCCGAACCUGUGUUGGUCGAAUAUUUAGAGGGUUCUGAUGUUUUGCAAGCCGUCGCAGGGUUUGAUCACAAUCUUGUUCUGGUCCACGAAUGAUGUGAAAGCUAAAUCCGAAUAGAGUUCCUCUACCUGCACUAUGUAUCCUUGUGCUAAUCAAUCUUUCGUUUUUCCAUACUUUGUCGUUUACUCAUUUAUGCAAUAGAUAAUCUUGAUAUUCCCUCAACAUUGGGUGUAGCAUUUAAAUAUCAUUACCAAAAUCAACGUUCAUGCUCCAUAAAACCGAGAUAAAUGUCUAGUUGGUGAUAAAUCUAACAGGAUUACUGUUUCAAUGACACUGUGAGCUCUGUGUCAAAAGUUUGCAGGGCUAUCAUCAAGCUGCUUCUCGUCUUCUAUAUCCACCUCCAAAAUUUCCUGAGAUGAGGGAAGCCCAGAAACGAGCUCAGCACGAUCUUCAAAUGAAGUUGAAACAGAACGAGGAUCAGCACUUACAGGUAUUCUUUGCUUCAAGUAAUUCCCCAACCUAGCCAAAACCGUGGAACGUUUGUGCCAAAAUCGGCCGCUGAGCCUGAUCUUCACAUAAGGUCCAUCCAGUUCUGCGAGUUCGACUUUUCCUAUUCAAUCCGCAUUAUCAGUUACAUUUAUACAUUCAAAUUCCUGGCGCUGAAUCAUAACAAUUGAGAAAUAUCACCUGUUAUGUUAACUGAAGUGUCAAAGAGUUGUCCCAGCUGCAAGAAAUCAAAGUGUGAGGUAAAUGCAGUGACUGUGUUAAUGGAAAUUCGAUUCGACUUGCCUCUGUUUUGGCAUCGGUAAGGACCUGCUCAAUAUUUUCCUCUGUUAAAUCAAGUGGUGCAGAUGAGGCUGAGAUUGCAGCAGUAGUAGUAGGGAACCUCCGCGUUGGGUUUCUGAGGCGGGACAUUGUUGUCGUUGUUGUUGUCGUUGUUGUUCCAUUCUUCAGCUGCAACACCGCAGGCGCGGAGAAGAGAUGUGACGGAGGUUGAAGCUUUGCUGUGGGAAAGAGGCUAUGAGGAAAUAGUUUCAGUGGCAUGGUUGAGCUUUUUCUUAUCCAACAAAUGUGUGGCCAAAAUAUGAAUAAUGUCUAUGCAUAAAUUUUUAUGUAUUUUCAUGACACUACUCCGUAUUAUAUUAUGGAUUAUAUAGUUAGGUAAAAGUAAGGCCUAACUCGCUUCAACCCA